AGUUUGGCCGUUAUCACAUGCCACCAUUUACAACACAUUAUUGGAGCUCCGGACUUAAAGGACGGCAAUGCAAGCAAACAGGUGCAAAUGGCUGCUGCUGUUGCAGCUUCUAUUCGCAACAGCCGCAACAGCGCAGGUCUACAAGAGAGUUACAAAAGAUGAGACGUUAGGAAACUCCAGCGUUUCUAAGGCUGUGGAUAGCCUGUGCGAGUGCAGGUCGCUGUGCUUGGUUCAGCUCAACUGCACCGGUGCGUCGUACGACCAAAAUUCUUCGCUGUGCAACAUGACGGACGCUGCGCCUGAUGAUGUCACCGUCGUACCUCAAGCUGACGUCAUCACGCUUCUCAAGUUCCAAGUAUCACCGCAAGUGGACGCGAUAAACUACACCACGACGAAGUGCUCCUCACAGAUUGCUGGCCCUUCUCCUAAUGUGAUAUUCGUGACCCAGGCCACAACCAAAGAUGGGUCAGUGGCCAUCCAACGCAACCUGUGCAUUGCGGAAGGCGGGAAGCCGCUAUACAUCAAGACUGAGGAACAGCGCACUGCUGCUACUAAAGUCGUGAAUGAAUGCGGACAGUCUUAUUCAAAAACAAAAUACGCAUGGCUGACAGCGACCAACAAUGGAUAUAAUAAUUUGUUGGACCCGAGCAAACAGUUUCUGACCUGGCCUGACGGCACGAAAGUAACCGACCAGGUCUUCUCCUCACAUGACAUCUCUAACGUGAAAUGGUGGCUCCCUGCUUCUACAUACAACAAAAAUGGCAAAAUUACGGGUGGCUAUACAACAGCCUACAAGGUUCUACCGGUUCUCUGCCUUAAAUAA